UUCCACAUCCCACUUCCCCUCUCAGCUUCUCGCUUUGAAGCUGCUUCAGAUACCAGUUUAGCAGUUUCAGUUUUCUCGUUACCUGAAAAAGCAACAGAGAAGAAGAGGUAAUUGGUGUGGUCAGUCAUGGCUGCCAUGAGUUUGGUAAAGGCGCCCAUUGGUCAGGGUCUUAGGCCGGCGAGCCACAAUCCGAGGAGGGGCGGUGGCGUGGUCAGGUCCUCUCUGCAGGGCGCCGUCGUUGCAAGCCGGGCGGAGUGGCUCACUAGCUGUGCCGUGCUCUCCAGCAAGGUGGCCGCGCUCGUCUCCCACUCCACCAACGGCCACGUCGCUGCAGCUGCAGCGGCUGCAAACGGGGCGCUGUUGGACUUGGUCCCUGUGAGCAGUACUAAUGGCGGCGCAAGGAACCUGCCGGCACCGCUCCGGAUCGCCGACCUGUGCCCCGCGCCGAUGCACGGUUCAGAGCUGCGUGUGGCGUACCAGGGUGUGCCUGGGGCGUACAGCGAGAAGGCGGCCGGCAAGGCGUACCAGGGCUGCGACGCUGUCCCCUGCGACCAGUUCGACGUGGCGUUCCAGGCCGUGGAGAACUGGAUCGUGGACCGCGCCGUGCUCCCCGUGGAGAACUCGCUCGGCGGCAGCAUCCACCGGAACUACGACCUCCUGCUCCGUCACCGCCUCCACAUCGUCGGCGAGGUGCAGCUCCCCGUGCACCACUGCCUCCUCGCGCUGCCGGGCGUGCGCAAGGAGGACAUCACCCGCGUCAUCAGCCACCCGCAGGCGUUGGCGCAGUGCGAGCACACGCUCACCCGCAUGGGUCUCAACGCUGCCCGCGAAGCUUUCGACGAUACCGCCGGCGCCGCCGAGUACAUCGCCGCCAACGGCCUCCGUGACACGGCCGCCAUCGCGUCCUCCCGCGCUGCCGAGCUGUACGGCAUGGAGGUGCUCGCCGACGGCAUCCAGGACGACUGCGGCAACGUCACGCGGUUCGUGAUGCUCGCUAGGGAGCCAAUCGUCCCGCGCAUGGACCGGCCCUUCAAAACCAGCAUCGUGUUCGCCCACGACAAGGAGGGCACCUCCAUGCUCUUCAGGGUGCUCUCCGCCUUCGCCUUCCGCGACAUCAGCCUCACCAAGAUCGAGAGCCGCCCGUACCGGCCCAUCCGCCUUGUCGACGAUGCCAGCAGCGGCACGGCCACCAAGACGUUCGACUACAUGUUCUACGUGGACUUCCAGGCAUCCCUUGCCGAUCCGCGCGUGCAAAAGGCGCUUGCAGAGGUCCAGGAGUUCACCUCGUUCUUAAGGGUGCUGGGGAGCUAUCCCAUGGACAUGACUCCCAUGACCGCCGGCUCCUCCUCCACCAUUACAUCAUCUAAUUCCUCGCCAACCUCUUCUCGCUAAGAAUCACUGGAACUAGUGAGGACAAUCUGUCGAGUAUGCACGUCGAUCCGUUAAUAUAUGGUACUCCUCCUCGUGCAUUGCUGGGAGUAUUUUUUUUUUUCGUUAUCACAAUUAACAAUACGUGUAAUUGGUUCAUUCGAGCUAACUAGUCCACAGUAAAUACA